AUGACUGACAAUUGUUGGAAUUCUGGUGGUGGCGCUGGCGUCAAGAUGGAGCACUUUCAGGCCACCCUGGACCCUAGGAAGCAGGAAUUACUGGAGGCCCGCUUUCUCGGCGCGAGGGGUGGUCGGAACAACGGGCCGAAUAAAAAUGCCCUCGACACCGCGCAGUCGUCGUCGUUACCUAACGCCGUUAAGUGCGGCCAACCGACUACCCCGGGAAUAGACUGGACGAGGCGUGACAAUGCUCCACCCUCGCGAGAUCAACGUAAUUCAUCGUGCAGCGCAACGACCCAGGGCCAAAUCUCUCAGAUGUCUGCUGGAUCACAAAUUCAGAUGGCACCUCAAUCAACCGUAAACUCUGGUCAGUCAGUUCAUAGUCAAGACUCAAAUAUGAGUACUGGCUCAUCACACAGUGAUAAAGAUGUGGAUCCAAAUACUCCUGAAAAGUUGCCUAGGACCACGUCCGAAAGAAAAAGAAAACGUAAAGCGGAUGAUGGAAGUGGCAGUGGACCUGGUGGCCCAACUGGUGGUAAAAGCGGAAGAUCACUUUCUUCCUUGGAAAAUAAAAAAAUAAAUGACUAUUUUCCAAAGCAUCAUUUAGGAAAUAGCCCUAUAAGGCAUGGGGGUGCUAAAAGUCCAUCGCCUCAACAAGGGUAUCCUAUGUAUCCACCAUCAGCUCAACCUCUGGUAUCGCCCCAAGUAACGACACCUAAUUCAUCGGUAGCGGAAUUUUCGUCACUGAUGCAACCUCCCCGAACUCUUUCCCAACCACAACCACCACCUCCACCUUCGUCGACGCAACCUGCUGGUUCAAUGGUCAGCAAGCAGGUACAGGUAAGGCCCACGAACCUACCUAGGACAAGCCAGGUCAGGCAAGCGAAGACAAACACGCCAAAUACGGAGCUCACUUGCCAGAGGAUACAAGAGUUUGAAUCGCAAGCAUCGUCUGACUUGGAGCUACGUAACAAUAAAAUUGAUGAACUAAAUAGAACGACAGAAGAACUUAGGCAUCAAAUGGCAACUCAACAAAAAAUACUUGAGCAGCACAAAUCACAUAUAAAUAAGUGUAUAGAUGUUGUAAAAAAGUUAUUAAAAGAAAAAUCAAACAUAGAAAAAAAAGAAGCUAGACAAAAGUGUAUGCAAAAUAGACUGAGGCUUGGACAGUUUGUGACGCAAAGGGUAGGUGCUACCUUUCAAGAAAACUGGACGGACGGCUACGCGUUUCAAGAGCUCGCACGACGACAAGAAGAAAUAACGACUGAACGUGAAGAAAUUGAUAGACAGAAAAAGUUGUUAUUAAAAAAGAGGCCGUCAAAUAGUGAGACUGGUAGAAAACGAAGCCAACCACAGCCUUCAUUACACAACGGCACCGAAGCUACUUUUUUAAAACCCGACGCGGUACCUGGAUCUUAUACCUGGCAAGAGUAUUAUGAAGCGGACGAAAUACUCAAAUUGAGACAGAGUGCGUUGAAAAAAGAAGAUGCUGAUCUUCAACUAGAAAUGGAAAAACUUGAAAGAGAGCGAAAUCUUCACAUCAGAGAACUGAAACGUAUUCACAACGAGGACCAAUCCAGAUUUAAUUCUCAUCCAGUACUCAAUGAACGUUACCUUUUAUUAAUGUUAUUAGGAAAAGGUGGUUUUAGUGAAGUACACAAGUCGUCCAUGCAGCAUAGAGUCAAUUUAGCGUUUGAUCUGAAAGAGCAGCGAUAUGUGGCCUGUAAAGUACACCAAUUGAAUAAAGACUGGAAAGAAGACAAAAAAGCUAAUUAUAUUAAACACGCAUUAAGAGAAUAUAAUAUACAUAAAGCCCUGGAUCAUCCACGAGUUGUGAAGCUCUAUGACGUCUUUGAAAUUGACGCCAAUUCGUUUUGUACUGUUUUGGAAUACUGUGAUGGUCAUGACCUAGACUUCUACUUAAAACAGCAUAAAAUGAUACCAGAAAGAGAAGCGAGGUCAAUUGUGAUGCAAGUUGUGUCUGCGUUAAAGUACCUUAAUGAAAUAAAGCCCCCAGUCAUACACUACGAUUUAAAACCUGGCAAUAUUUUGUUGACGGAAGGCAAUGUCUGUGGUGAAAUAAAAAUUACGGACUUUGGUUUAAGUAAAGUUAUGGAUGAAGAAAAUUAUAAUCCAGAUCAUGGAAUGGAUCUUACGUAUUUACCUCCUGAAUGUUUUGUUGUUGGCAAAAAUCCACCUAAAAUAUCAUCUAAAGUUGAUGUGUGGAGUGUGGGUGUUAUAUUUUACCAGUGUCUCUAUGGUAAAAAGCCAUUCGGACAUAAUCAAUCACAAGCAACUAUUUUAGAAGAAAAUACAAUAUUAAAAGCAACAGAGCCCCCAGUGCCAAAGCAUGGUCGUCAGGCAAAUAGCCAGCAGCAACAGCAAGCUCAGCAACAGCAACACAUUCAACAAGCUCAACAGCAACAACAAACGUCAUUUACGACUGGAAUGUUUAGUGGAAUGAAUGCAUCCAGCAGUUCGUAG